UUUUCCACGAUUGCAUGAUUCCACCUUGUCCCACCAAGAGUUAUCCAGGUGUCUGGCAAGUGCCGAUGGUGAUGUGGCAAGAUUUGAACGGUGGUCGUUGCUCAAUGGGAGACGCCUGCUCGAAUCCACCAGACUCCGAUGGAGUUGUUAAAAUGAUUAUGAAGAAUUUUGAACGACAUUACACAACCAACAGAGCUCCAUUCGGUCUCUUCUACCAUGCUGCCUGGUUCACACAACCGCAUCACAAAGAAGGAUUCAUCAAAUUCUUGGACACAAUAAAUGCGAUGAAUGACGUUUGGAUUGUGCAGUAGAACCAAUGCAGAAAAGAGAAAAAAAAGGGAAAUGUGUCGGAAUGCAAAAUUCUUCUAAUUAUCAACGAUGUCAGGAACAUCACAACGAAUUGAGAGAAACAAUAAAAAACAAACGAGUAAUAAGUCUUUUCACACGUCUUUUAGCUGCUGUAAGGGUUUCAAAAGCUUACUCAAAGGACAAGGUUUCGCACAUUUGCAAACUCAUUCGGUUUUUAGAUUUGGAAGAGUCUAGUUUUGGAG